AUGACAGGUGCUCACAACGAUGAAAAUGGAAUCAACGUUGUCACUAAUGUUCAAAAUAAAAAUGAAAUUUAUGAUGUAGCUAAUAUUUAUAACUAUGCCAAACAAGAAGGAUUUUGCUUUCAUAAACGACAUUGUUUUACUGAUCCAACUGAUAGUACAGUAGCACAUCGUAGAACUUUCGAAUACAUGCAAGCACGUAUUCAUCAAGCCGAGAAAGCCAUUUUAGUUGAAGAUAGAAGAGAUAGAGACUCUGAGAUAAUCGCAUUAAUUAGUGAAUUUAAAAAUGAAAUACCAACUAAAGGAUUACCAAAUAUAAUAGAAGAAUACUUUCCUGAAAUGCAUAAGCUGUUGAAGGAAUAUCUGAUACCACAAAAAAUCCAAAAGCAAUGUGACCAAAUGUCACAAUCACUUUGUUACGAUGUUUUUCUGGUUGAUAAUUGGUCUACAUUAUUGGAGAAGUAUGGUUUUGGGAUGGGUCAUGCCAAAAAAGCUCUUGAUUAUGCAAUUCGGGCAAAUAAAGUUGAUAAAUUCGUCGAAUAUUUGAAAAAGUUUAUUGAAGAGACGAAGGGAGAAUUAGAUAUUGAAAAUAUUGCAAAUCUAAUUGUUGGUGAUCCUAUCCGAGUACAACAUAAAGGGUGUCAACCUAAUCGGUAUAAAUCAGAAGGUGAAAUACCAUAUAAGAGAAAGAUAUGUGAUACUACUAAUGCAAGCAAUCAUGAUUUAAAUGAAAAUGAAUUGGCUCAAA